AUGAAUCCUAUAAAUGCUACCAUCACUCACGUCCUGGAAACCCUUACAUCCCUAGUAAGGUACCCCUUGUACCGCAGUGAUCGAUCCUACCCACGAGAUGGAUCAGCUCCUGUUCACCCCAUCACAGGAGGCAACCACCUUCAGACCCAGUACUCCGGAAAUCCACAAUUUGCGACUGGAUACUGGGAAGAUACCGAGGGAUCCUGGGACAAUCCCAAUACCCCCAAUAUCCAGCAGUUCUACACUGAUGAGUACAACCAACUCACCAAUGCACGAACUCUGGAAGAGGGUGAUGAAAAUGUUGCUAACGGAAUGAAGUGGCAAAGAACCACCUUUGAAAGGAUCGGUGAUCCUUUCCUCCUGACCCGGGGAGUCGAUCAAGAAGAAUCAUUCAGAGAUGCCAAACCGAUGCUUCACACCUCAGAGCUCGACAGGGGAAUCUACUCCUCCCCCAGAACUCCAAGAGAGGCAUGGGGAGUCCACAUUUGGUCAGGCGUCUCCAUUGGAGGCUCCGAUACCAAAAGGAACAUCUCCAGUUGGAGUCUGAACACUAGUUCUCUAUGGGGAUCAGAAGUCAUCCGGCUCGAAUCCGAAGUCGCCUCAAAAAGAUCUGCUGGCCUCUGUAGCCAGGUAUAUCAAUGGAAAGAAAGAGGAGUGGCCGAGGAAAAAGGGAUACUGGAUUGGGGGACUGUCUUUCCAGUGGAUUUCUGGAUCACCCCUGAAGAGGGAUCCUGGGAGCUACCCCCCAUGUCCUCCAAUGACACCUGGCUCCCCACCACUGGGGAUGGUUGGGAAUCCCCCUGGCCGGACACCUCGUAUGAGGCUAUAUGGCCCAACCCCAUGGCCCAAACGGCCAUCUAUGAAGAACCAUGGGACUCACUUUCCACCCCCAUACUCAUCGGAAAGGAAUACCAAACAGCCCCGGAGGAAGGAGAAGGUGACGAGACCAUCCACAUCUUUGGUGCUGAACUUCAGCACUAG